AUGGAAACUUCUCUACCAUUAUCAACCGGACGGCGAUUUUCUCCAUCUCAUGGCCGGGGUCGUGCCUCCACACUUCCUGCUUUAUCAGGUCGUUCACGAAUACCAUCUCCAUUUACUGGAGUUAAGCCUUUACAAUUAGCGGAGGGUGAUUCACGUAAUUUACUUAUUCCAUCAAUUAGAAUGAAAGUCGAUUUGACCAAAUACGUCGAACAACACGCAUUCGUCUUUGAUGAUGUGUUUGAUUAUGAGGCAAACAACGAAGAGGUGUAUAAACGAACUGCCUUACCAUUGGUAGAAUAUAUUUUCCGAGGGGGUCUUUAUGUUUUGGCGGCCCGUGACAUAUUUAAUUUAUUACAGAGACCAGAGUUUAAUCAUCUAGCGGCAUACAUUGGGUUCUAUGAAAUUUAUCAAGGACAACUAUAUGAUCUUUUAAACGAACGAAAGAAAUUAUUUGCCCGCGAAGAUGGAAAAAAAAAUGUCAUAAUUUCCGGUCUUCAAGAAUAUACCAUUGAUAAUGUGGACGCACUCAUGCAAGUGUUUGACUACGGAAAUACGGUUAGAAGCACAGGAAGUACUGGAGCAAAUGAGGACUCUUCUAGAUCACAUGCAAUCUUGCAAAUAGUACUAAAACAUAGGAAAAACAGAAAGAAGUUUCAUGGAAAGCUCAGUUUUAUCGAUUUAGCGGGCAGUGAACGCGAAUGUUAUGUUGUAAUUCCGAUCUACAGGAUGGAAGGUGCCGAAAUUAAUAAAAGUUUGUUAGCAUUGAAGGAAUGUAUUCGUGCGCUCGAUCAAGAUAAAAGGCACACUCCCUUCCGUCAAAGCAAACUAACACAGGAAUUUCCUAGCGAUGAAGACAACGACCUGUUUGGCGAAGAGUUGCCAUCGGAUGGCAUUGUUGAUGAAGACUUUAUCCACGAUAAUCCCGGUGCAACUUCUAGUUCACUUGAGAAUGAUAACGAUUC